CCCCGCCCCCACCUUCCUUCCCUGGACCCUCUUCUCUGCGCCCCGGCCCGCUCUCCCGUUACCGGUUCUACCAGCUCCCGGGGGACACCCAGAAGCGCCCGUCCCGUCACCGCCUGCGACCACGGGGGUAGCCUGGGGCCGUUCCUGAGUCGCCCGGACCCGAGAGGCUGCUGCACCGGGCCUCCCCACGCCUCCGGAUGCUGGUGCUGCCGUUGGCCCCAAGCCCGCAGCCCCUGGCGCUACCCUCCACAGAAGCCAUGGAGGCCCCCCCUUCUCGGACAGGCCGGUCUCCAGAACCUGGACCUUCCUCAUCCACAGGACUGCCCCAGACUUCCUCCUCUCCGAAGCCCAGCCACUACCUGCUCAUUGACACCCAGGGUGUCCCCUACACGGUGCUGGUGGACCAGGAGUCUCAGAGGGAGCCCGGGGCAGACGGGGCUUCAGCCCAGAAAAAGUGUUACAGCUGCCCCGUGUGCUCCCGGGUCUUCGAGUACAUGUCCUACUUGCAGCGACACAGCAUCACCCACUCGGAGGUGAAGCCCUUUGAGUGUGACACCUGUGGGAAGGCAUUCAAGCGGGCCAGUCACCUGGCUCGGCACCACUCCAUUCACCGGGCUGGUGGUGGGCGACCCCACGGCUGCCCACUUUGCCCUCGCCGCUUCCGGGAGGCAGGUGAGCUGGCCCAGCACAGCCGGGUGCACUCAGGGGAGCGCCCAUUUCAGUGCCCACAUUGCCCACGCCGAUUUAUGGAGCAGAACACGCUGCAAAAGCACACUCGGUGGAAGCAUCCAUGAGCCAGGCUGCAGGGUACCCCAGAUGCCAUGGUGUUCUGGGGGAACCUGGACUCCUGUCACCCUCAGACACCUGGCCAGUGCUGAGGGCUGGUUGCAGCCCUGGACAGGAACACAGACACACCUCCUGCAAAGGCCAAGCCCUGCCUGAAGGAGGAGCCCAUGAGUAGCCUCUGUGUGGUGGAGAUAAGAUGGAAACUACACCUUGCAUUCCAAGUGGAGCCCUCCAGCCUCAGGCUGAGCCCUGACCCGAGGUGUGGGGGGAGAGUGCUCCAUGUGGAAGUCCUCCAGCUUGAAAGAGGUGGUUGGGAGCCAUCAAGAAUUUGCAGCAGCUUUCUGAGGCCUCCAUGUUGAUGCUGGGGGAAGGGGACCGGAACCACCUCCCAACCCCCAGCCAGGGCCUCAGAUUGGAUACCCAAUAAACACCUUUCCCAUUUUGAGCACUUGAGAUUUGUUUUUGGGGACAGCAGCUUGACCUGCCUGCUGCCUAACAGACUCAGCAAGUGCCUGGCCCACCUCUUUUUGGGCAGAACAAGUCAGCCAUUUAUUUUCCCCAGAGAAGGAAAGAGUCUCCCACUUUCUGACCUCAAAUAACACUAACAGGGCCCUGAUCUUGAGCCUAGACCAUUGCCACAUGUUGGGCUGAGCAUUUUGCAUGGGUCCUACCAGUGCCUCCGCAGUGCUUGGCUUGCCUGGUGGCAGAUGGGAGGUCAGCCUUCCGCAAGGGGUCAGUCCUAGUGUGGCUCCUCACAACGUGUAUCACCUAAGCAGUGUUUUAAGCCUUUUUUUUUUUUUUUUAAAGCUAGGACCUAUUGUAAGAAACAUUUUAUCUGGCAACCCAGUAUAAGAUACAAAAAAUAUAUGUCAGACAAAACUUUAACAAUACUUAAUAUCUGCCAUAUGCAGCUCACUUUUUUUUUUCUCUCCUGCCAAUUCUGUCCUAUUAUACUGAAUUCCCUGCCCAUGAACCUGUGGUUUGCAAAACACGGAUCUAGGGCAGGUGCCUCCCCCUGGACGUCCUGACCCAGGCUGCAAUUUAUCUAUACUGUGAAGCAGGUAGGAGAGAAGGGUGGCCACAGCUUUCUAAGCGGUGCAAACAUUUCAAUUCUCUUUCUGCAAAGUUCAAGCCCUACUGUCAUAGGGCUGGCAAAAAUCCCAGGAGCAACUGGUGACCAGGCAGAAAGGCAGGGAGCAGAGCCGCAAGCUCAAUAAACAUCUGCCUUCUUAACGAA